GUGACGGUGCGGGCGCCCGGCAGUGCUGGGGCGAGAGUCGGCGGCCCGAGUCCGGGACGCUGCGCGGACCUCGGCACGGUUUCCGGCGGGCGGGCAGGCGCCGCCGAGCCCCGCGGGGAAGAUGUUCAGUGUGGAGUCGGUGGAGCGGGUGGAGCUGUGCGAGAGCCUCCUCACUUGGAUCCAGACCUUUAAUGUGGAAGCACCAUGCCAGACUGUGGAAGAUUUAACAAAUGGGGUUGUGAUGGCCCAGGUUCUUCAAAAGAUAGAUCCUGCAUAUUUUGAUGAAAAUUGGCUUAACAGAAUCAAAACUGAAGUAGGAGAUAAUUGGAGGCUAAAGAUAAGCAAUUUAAAGAAAAUUUUAAAAGGGAUACUGGAUUAUAAUCAUGAGAUUUUAGGUCAACAGAUUAAUGAUUUUACCCUUCCUGAUGUGAACCUUAUUGGAGAGCAUUCUGAUGCUGCAGAGCUAGGAAGGAUGCUUCAGCUCAUCUUAGGCUGUGCUGUGAACUGUGAACAAAAACAAGAAUAUAUCCAAGCUAUUAUGAUGAUGGAGGAAUCUGUUCAACAUGUUGUGAUGACAGCCAUUCAAGAGCUGAUGAGUAAAGAAUCUCCUGUCUCUGCUGGAAACGAUGCCUAUGUUGACCUUGAUCGCCAGUUGAAGAAAACUACAGAGGAGCUCAAUGAAGCUUUAUCAGCAAAAGAGGAAAUUGCUCAGAGAUGCCAUGAGUUGGAUAUGCAGGUUGCAGCAUUGCAAGAGGAGAAAAGUAGUCUGCUGGCAGAGAAUCAGAUAUUAAUGGAAAGACUCAAUCAAUCUGAUUCUAUAGAAGAUCCUAAUAGUCCAGCAGGCAGAAGGCACCUGCAGCUCCAGACUCAAUUAGAGCAACUUCAGGAAGAAACAUUCAGGUUGGAAGCAGCCAAAGAUGAUUAUCGAAUACGCUGUGAAGAGUUAGAAAAGGAAAUAUCUGAGCUUCGGCAGCAGAAUGAUGAACUAACAACUUUGGCAGAUGAGGCUCAGUCACUAAAAGAUGAAAUAGAUGUUCUUAGACAUUCUUCUGAUAAAGUGUCUAAACUAGAAGGUCAAGUGGAGUCAUAUAAAAAGAAGUUAGAAGAUCUUGGUGAUUUGAGGCGGCAAGUCAAACUCUUGGAAGAGAAGAAUACUAUGUAUAUGCAGAACACUGUCAGUCUAGAGGAAGAGUUAAGAAAGGCCAAUGCAGCUCGAAGUCAACUUGAGACAUACAAGAGACAGGUAGUAGAACUGCAAAAUAGAUUAUCUGAAGAAUCAAAGAAAGCAGAUAAAUUAGAUUUUGAAUAUAAACGUCUAAAAGAGAAAGUUGACAGUCUUCAAAAAGAAAAGGAUAGGCUAAGAACAGAGAGGGAUUCUCUGAAGGAAACCAUUGAAGAGCUUCGCUGUGUGCAGGCUCAGGAAGGACAACUUACUACUCAAGGGCUCAUGCCUCUGGGUAGCCAGGAAUCUUCAGAUAGUCUGGCAGCAGAGAUUGUCACACCUGAAAUCAGGGAGAAACUUAUUCGUCUUCAGCAUGAGAAUAGGAUGCUAAAAAUUAACCAAGAGGGUUCAGACAAUGAAAAGAUUGCCUUAUUGCAGAGCCUCCUAGAUGAUGCAAAUCUACGCAAAAAUGAACUGGAGACAGAAAACAGGCUGGUGAAUCAAAGACUUCUGGAAGUACAAUCACAAGUCGAAGAAUUGCAAAAAUCUUUACAGGAUCAAGGUUCAAAAGCAGAAGAUUCAGUUCUUCUAAAGAAGAAGCUUGAAGAACAUCUGGAGAAGCUCCAUGAAGCCAAUAAUGAAUUGCAAAAGAAGAGAGCCAUUAUUGAGGAUCUUGAGCCAAGAUUUAAUAACAGCUCCCUAAAAAUUGAAGAACUGCAAGAAACUUUACGAAAAAAAGAAGAGGAAAUGAAGCAAAUGGAGGAACGAUAUAAAAAGUACUUAGAGAAAGCCAAAAGUGUUAUCCGUACUCUAGAUCCUAAACAGAGUCAAGGAGCAACACCAGAAAUACAAGUUCUUAAAAAUCAACUCCAGGAAAGAGAUCGCCUUUUCCAUUCAUUAGAGAAAGAAUAUGAGAAAACAAAGAGUCAAAGAGAGAUGGAGGAGAAGUACAUUGUCAGUGCCUGGUAUAAUAUGGGAAUGACUCUGCAUAAAAAAGCAGCUGAAGAUAGACUUGCUAGUACAGGUUCAGGGCAGUCAUUUCUGGCUAGGCAAAGACAGGCAACCAGCACGAGAAGAUCUUACCCAGGCCAUGUUCAACCAGCCACAGCAAGGUAGACAAGUCUUACCUUUAGAGUUAAAAACACCCUACAUUCAAAGCAUACUUCUGUUACAUAUACCAACAUUUCGGGAAAUUCAGCCAGCUUAUAUUUUGUUUCUGUUUUAUGUUAAAAUGUAGUUAUUUCUCCUUGAGGACUUUCUCCUGUAUCCAUGUUUUCAUUUCUUGGUCUUUUACUUUGUAGUCCUUUCAGUUCCUUUAAUGUGCCAAAAUUUUUUAAAUGCCCAAUUAAAAGUGUUGUAUAAUAGUACUUUUCUUUAUAUGAAAUGUUUUCCCCAAUGGUGUAGGCUUUGUAAUGAAUUAGAUUUUCUGCCAACAAUUGAUACACAAUUUAUAUUCUUUAUUGUGCUCUGUGUUAUCAUGCUUUAUAAGAAUGUCUUUGUUGAAAGAGAAUUAAUCUUUUUAUGAUGUAUUCAUUAUGAUGUGUUUUUGAUUGUUUUUCCAAAUGCACUUCAAGUAACUUGCAUAUUUACUAUCUAAAUGGUUGGCAAGUGCACUUUUAGCAAAGAUGUAUACAUUGGCAGAGGUGCUAAUCAAAUCUUGUGCAAAGCACCUGAUAGUAGAAAAUGAGUUUUCACAUUUUUUUAUAGGAAAUCAGGUCUAUCUGAAGAUUUGGAAAUUUUUUAGUACAUAAAUACAUUGAGUUUCAUUAUUUCCUCCUAUCUUGUUGGCUAGCAGAAUUUAGUGUAUUGGUUAAGUUAUUUGGAAGAAAAUUACGUUUCAAAAAAUUAGACUAUACUAAUCUUUCUUUUGAAAUCUCACUGUAACCAAGGACCUGUUUUUGGUAAUGUGACUGAAAGAGUAUUAAAUUGCCCUCCCAUCUGAAAUAUCUGCUCUUCAUAUACUCACAAGUACUCUCGAGGUAUUUUCUUCUAGACGUGCACCUUGUGUGUUCUCAGUCUUUACACUGCUAUAUUUCUUAAUAAUUCCUCAGUUAUAAUUUUAGUAUCAGGUAGGUCAAUAAGUGGCAUUUAUAGAUUAUAUUAUGUCAUAUUUUUCACAUAUUCACGUUUUCCUGAUUCUAUAUACUAGUUCAAGAAUCUGUUACCGAACAGAUUGUCUUGGGUAUUUGGUUGCCGCAAAAUGCUUAGAUUUGUUGUCAGAUUGUUAACCAUUCAAUAAUGAUUGUAAAGCAUACUGACAACAUGACUACAUAAGGUGCUAUAUUAAUGCAAAAUAUCAUUUAUUUGAAAAAUGAAAAGGCGCUGCCAAAGUCUCAUUGAUUCAAAUGAUACUUAGUUUCCUACAGCUUUUUUUUUGUCCAUCAUUUAACAACAAAUCAAUGAAAUUAGGUCAAUUUUUUUCAUUUGUUUUAGAAAGGUCAUUUAAUAAGAGGAUAUUUUAUUUCAUGUGCUUGCUAUUCAGAAGUUCGUGUUUUAUUUUGCUAUCUAUAUUAAGCGUAGUUGAGUAGGGAGGCGGAAAAAUAGUUCAGUGGUAAGGCCUACACGUGCCCAACCCAGGUUCAAUUUUUGGCACCCCUAUAUGGUCCCGUAAGCACUGCCAGGAGUGAUCUUUGAACACAGAACCAGAAAUAAUCUCAGAGGACUGCUGGGUAUGGCCCCGAAACCAAAAUAAGUAAAUACAGAUGACUAACUUUAAGUCAAGUCAAGGAAAAUGUAAUUGUGAAUUUUCAGAAACUAUAUGUGUUCGCUUUUUAAGUUAUUUUCUUUUUUUAUAAGAAAUUUUACCUAAAAAUUAGUAUUUUUGUUUCAAAAACUGUACUUGAAAGGUAUUAGAAUAUGCACAGAAAUAAUUCCAUACAUUGUGCUGAUAUUUUGCAUUAAAUACAAUAUCUGAAUGUAGUAUGAAUUGAUAUGCAUACUGCAGGAUCUUAGUAAUAAUGAAGAAAACCAUGAGAGUAGAAUGCAUUGUGGGGUUUCAGAGCUAGGUAAACCUAGUCAACAUAAAAAUAUUUGACAUACAAGAUUAAAAAGUAGGAUGGCUCUUACCUCUCCUCCUAUUCCACAAGUACCUUAGGGUUCAACUAAUAGAAAUUCAUUGUCUUAAAGCAGAUAUAUUCUCUAAUUGGGUUAGAAAGAUGCUACGCUUUUAGGACAUUUUCUUAAGCAUCUUUUGGCAUGCUCUACUUAUAGUGUUUACAUUCAUAAUAUCCAUUCUCUUUUACUGUGCCAUUAAGGUGUAGUAAAUUAUUUUCAUUAUAUAAAAGAAAUUCUAUUUUUAAACAUUCUGUCAUUUAAAAAUAAAAAUUUGAAUUAAAAGUAGCUGUAACAACAAAAAGACCUGUUCCCUUAGCUUUGGACAAGUUUUAUAAAAUCUCUCUUUCUCUAGUAAUCAGUGAUUUCUUAGAAAGGUUAUCUGGGAGUGGAAAGGCAUCGGGUGUUUUCAUCUGGAUGUGAGUUCGAUACUGUGCUGUUUCCUCAAGCCCCUUGUACCCAGUACCAUCAUCAAACCCAUGAUUCUCUUGGACUGCGGCCCUGGUUCUUGCUAGCAGUACAGUGAAUAGACUGUCACUGCUUUAGUUGGUAUGAGCCACCCCAGCAUCCAGAGCCUCGUAAAAAAAAUGUUUGUUUCCUGUUUUCCUUCUAAUCAGGGUAUGAAAUUACCAAGUAAAUAAUUAAAGAAUAUUGAAGCAUCUUGUAUCUGAGUCCGUAUUUCACAUGAGUCCAUCCCAAACAUGUAGUCCAUAUCUAAGAGGUUUGUAAUAGGGGUAAGUCCAGCAAAUAGCAUUUUACCACUUCUAAAAAUAAGAAUAGAUAGCACAGUUGGAUGUUUCUUAAAAGCCCUUUCAAAAACUUCAUCAUUUUAAUCAAUUAUCUAAUUACUUGAUCAUAAUUAAUAUAAAGAACUAAAUAAAUAAAAGGCCAGUGUUCCAAAAUCAAUCUAGAUUGAAAUGUUUCUCUUAGAUAGUCCUAGCCAGGUAAAGUUGGCUUGAUGAAAUUUUUAGAUAAAGGGUAGUGACCUCUGUAAUGCUGAAAUGUUCUUAUUUCUUUUGUUUGCAUAACAAAAACUGAGUUGUAUAAAAUUAAGCCAAAUGUUACUGGAUCAGAAACAUCAAUAUGUGUAUUUCUUUUCUUUGGUCAACAAUAAGAGAUAAGUUAAAGAUGAGUUAGGAAGAAUUAAUAAAACACAUCCUUUUAAUGACCUGAGUGAUAGUACAGCAUUUGCCUUGCAAAAGAUUGACUCGGAUUUGAUCCCAGGCAUUCCAUAUGAUCCCCAGAGCCCUGCCACAAGUGAUCCCUGUGCACAGAUGAGUGUGAUCCAAGAACCAAAAAUAUUAUGUGUGUGUUUAUAUGCAUAUGUAUUUAUACAUAUGUAUAUAUUCUUAUUUUAAGUAAAUUCUUAUUAAGUGAUUUGAAAUAUGUUUUAGUAUAUCUGGUUUUUAUCAAGCAUCCAUCUCUAAUAUAGCGCUAUAUAUAAAUCUUUAUCCCAAUUUAAGAAUUAUCUUUGAUUAUCUUGAUUUAUAAAAUUAUUUUUGCUAUUUAUUUAAUUAACAGUUAUCCAGCUCUUAGAUUCCCAGAAUAUAGUGAUCCCCAGUGAGACCAUUAUGGGAUUUAUCUCAAAAAGCAUCUACAGCCCACAGCUAGUAUAACCCUGGCUAGUUUAUAGUCAUUUGAAUAUGAAGGUCUUUGUUCCAAAAGUGAGAAAUUCUUUAUUAGCACCUUGCUUUUUAGCUAAGGGCAAAAUAGCAACAUUGAGAUAAAAUGCUUUUUGUUUUCUAUUCAUUGAACUACAAAGAAUACUUCACCUUUUUUAAAUCUUGUAUUAUAAAGAACCUCUGCCUAUAAGUGUCUGUUUGAGCUGAUAAUAGUAUUGUACUUCUUAGCAAUGAAAGCUGUUAGCCUAAAUUAGCAUUAACAUGUCACUGUCACUGUCACUGUCAUCCCUUUGCUUAUGGAUUUGCUCAAGCGGGCACCAGUAAAGUUUCCAUUGUGAAAUUUGUUGUUACUGGUUUUGGCAUAUCGAAUUAACAUGUAUACUAUAGCACAAAGUCUUCAAGCAUUAUUUUAGCAUGUUUAUUUUUCCCUUUUUAUAGCUGCAGUGGGUUUUCCUCUAUAAAGAUAGUAUCUUUUUCUCUUACCCUGUUUAAAAUGUCAGCUUAUUUUGGUUGCUUCCUGUUUCAUUACAUUUAGAAUGAAGUUUCAGAGCUGCUUUGUAAGGUUUUUUUAUAUAUAUGUCAUAGGGUUUGUGUUUUGGGGUUUUUUUUUGUUUGUUUUGUUUGCUUUUUGGGUCACACUUGGGGUUGCACAGGGGGUUGCUCCUAGCUUUGCACUCAGGAAUUACUCCUGGCAGUGCUCAGAGGACCAUAUGGGAUACUAGGAAUCAGACCCAGGUCAGCCUCGUGCAAGACAAAUGCCCUAUCCACUGUGCUAUUGCUCCAGCCCUUAUAUCAUAGGUUUUUAUCUGAGGUAGGAUAUUUUUAGUGUAGCUGUCAUUCAUUUCUCUUUUUUUUUUGGCUUUUUGAUUUUUUCAUUUUUGGGGUCACACCUGGUGAUGCUCAGGAUUUAUUCCUGAUUCUACACUCAGAAAUUACUCCUGGCAGUGCUCAGGGGACCAUAAUGCUGGGGAUCGAAUCCAGGUCAACCAUGUGCAAGGCCAGUGCCCUCCCAACUGUACUGUCUCCCUGGCCCCUAUUAUUGUUCAAGUUUUUACUUUGUCUAAAGCAUAUUAAAUCAUUCCUUUAAUUUAAAAUUUUUAACUUUACCUAAUUUCAGCUCAAUGGUUUUAUCUUUCAGUUUUAUAAAUACUGUUUAAUUCUCAGAAACUUAGAAUGCAUAAAAUAAUUUGCUGCUGACACUGCUCAUUUCUAUCCCCCUCCAUUUCCAAGUCAUUGGAUGUACCAGUGUUUAGCUUUUUGUUUCCUUAAUGCAGAGCAGCACAACUGUGAUGACACUACGUCUUUUAAAUCACUGAUUAUAUUCUUUGAAAGUCUAUACCUAUUUUGUUUUUAAACAAACCUUUAUUAAACCACUCUACAUAUCUUUAUGAGCAUAAACUCUUUUUAAAAUGUAUUUAACUUUAAUCUACAUGUAUCUUUAUGUGCAUAAAAACUUUUUAAAAUGUAUUUAACUUUUAUUUUGAAACAGAAAUAUGCUUUUAUUCUUGGAAUUGCACUGAAAAUCCUAGAGAUGGGACAUUAGUUUGAGAAACAAAAGAUAAACCUAAUAAGUCAGUGUAUGAGUUUGGCAGUUGGAAGCAGGGACAGUAUCUAUAAAUGUUUUCUAAUUUAUAUCGUCUGAUACUAUAACAUCACCAGUAUUUUUUUCUGUUUUCAUAUGUUUUCUAUUAAUAUUCAUAAGACUAGGUUUGUAUGCUAUAUAUAAAUGAGCAUUGAAAUCUGAAAAAAGUAACAGAAGGUUGUUAUGCAGAUCCAUUCUGUGAGAGUAGAAUGGAGGGUCAGGGUAAGAAAUGCCUGAUUAUAACAAAUAUUUAGCAAAUAGAAGUAUUAAUACUAUUAAAAUUUAACUGCUUUAACAAAUAUUCCUAAUGUAAUAGUAAUAGAUAACACAAAAUCUCUAUAUAAGACUGUAUUGUUCAGUGAGAGAUGGUAGAUAAAAGUAUAAUUUAUAUUCUGUUCUGCUCUUAAAAGGGCACUAACUAGUCAUAUAAUACUAGCUAUAUUUUUUAUUUUUGAAGAGAAAGCAUCUAUUUUCUUUUUUUAAUUAUUAAACCAUUUCUAACAUAGUUGAUUUAAGGCCAUUAAAAAUGCAGUGGCAACAGGGAAAUAGCUCAGAAGGCUGGAAUACAUUCUUUGCACGAGGAGCCCCAGGUUCACUCCCCAGAAUUGCAUGUUACUAAGUACUGAUCUGGGAUUAGCCACUAGGUUCCUGCAGGUAAGCCCCAAAAAGGGAGAGAAGAGAGAAUACAGUGAUUCAGUGUGAUGGCAAGAAUUCUGUGGUGGCUGAAAAGCACUACUGGCCUUCUAACAUUUUCGUAGACAUGGUGUUUAUGUAUUUUACAAGAGAUAGUGUGAAUUUUAUGUCCCCUAUAAUUAUACGUAGAAACCCUAUAUAAAUUUUAUUUAAAAUUAAGGAAAGAGCAGUAUUGGUUGGUUGGCUUUUUUUUUUUAACAUAAUCAAGGAGAAUUUGUUUAUCUGUUAACACUAGCAUUGGGCUCUGAUUUAGGGUCUAAAGAUGAAAUUAAAAUCAAAUGAGAGCCUACUGCUACAGAAAAUCAAAUGGUGUCAUUUUAAGAAAGGAGUGUUUUGCUGUUGUUCUUUGUUUGUUUGUUUGUUUGUUUGUUUGUUUUAUUGUAUCACCCUAAGAUACAUGGUUACAAAGUUGUUCAUGAUUAGGUUUCAGUCAUACAGUGUUCCAACACCUGUCCCUUCAUUGGUGUAUAUUUCCCACCACUUCAUUGGUGUAUAUUUCCCACCACCAAUGUGUCCAGUUUUCGUCCUGCCACCACCCCCAGCCUGCCUCUCUGUGGCAGUCAUUUCUCUCUCUCCCUCUCUCCCUCUCAAUCACUCUCUUUCUCCUAUCUCUUUUUCUCCCCUCUCCACCUCCGUCCUCCCACCCUGCUACUUCCUCUUCUCCCUCCUCUUUUUUUUAAAUGUUUAUAGUUAUUCACGAUUUAUUACAUUCACUAUUCCAACACCAAUACUGCCACCAUUAUUCUUUCCCACCACCACUUCCAAUUUUUUAUGCAUUAUGAUUUGGAGGCUAGGCCCAUAGUUGGAAGCUUGAUACAGGUGGCAGCAGGAGGGAAGUGCAGGCAGGCUGUUGAGGUUUCUUUAAUUAACAUAUUCAAGGAAAAUGUGUGUAUCUGAUACAUUACCACCAGGUUCUGAGUUUGGUGCUUACAAUGAUGAUUUUCACCGAAUGAGGGCCCACAGUGAAAACUGUCACCCCAGCUUUUUUAAAGAGGAAAAGGAGCAAUGUUCAAAUCUACCUCCCUCUUCCUCUGCGUUAGGGAAUACUUAGAAGAAGGGACUUGAAAUAUUUGUCUGUCUUGAAAAAACAGGAGGUCUAAGGAUAAACAGGAUGAUGCUGAUUUGUUUUUCUGUGCAUUUCACUCUUAAAAAACAACAUAAGGGUGCUGGAGUGAUAGCACAGCGAGUAGGACAUUUGCCUUGCAUGCAGCCGACCCGGGUUUGAUCCCCAGCAUUCCACAUGGUCCCCCAAGCACCACCAGGAGUAAUUCCUGAGUACAGAGCCAGGAGUUAAUCCCUGUGCAUCGCCGGUUGUGACCCCAAAAAGAAAAAAAAAAACACCACAAAACAAAUCUGAGCUUUCUUGCUGUUUUCAAGGUAAGAGAUAAGUAAACAAUUGAUGUAAAGUAUGUUUCCUUUAGGGAAACAAUUUCUCCCUUAGGGCCAGGAUUUCAAAAAUCAACAGAGAAGGCCUCAAAAUUUUAGGUGUAUAGGACUAUCAAAUGCAAAUUAUUUCUACUCAGUUUUUUAAAAGUAUCAUAUAUCAUGAGAACAACCAUCUUAAAGUGUGAGAGAGAAGACUACCAAAGGAUGUUGAGGCACUGUUGUAUGUGGGGAACAGGCAUUUUCACUUCAGAGAGUUCUAAAUUGUUGAAGGAAAAUAGUUUAGGUAUCAUGUUGUAAAACUAAAGGAAUUUACAUUUAAUCUUGGUAUGUAUCUCAGACUGUACAUACAUUCUGUUGUGUGUUUAUUUUGUAUCUGUCACUGUUUGAAUUGUCAAUAUUAUUUACUACUUCUAGCCAUUUAUUUAUUAUUUAUACUUUACUGGAAAAGUCACAGCACUUUACUAGUAUUAUUUUCCCUCUUCCUUUCUGUAGCAUUUUCUGAAUACCUUUUUUUACUAGAGUUCUUGUCCUUAUUUUAGAGUACUCACUAAGACCAUGUAAAAGAUACCCCAGUUAAAAGGUAGUUUUUCAAGUUUUAAACUUACCUGACGUCUUUAAAGUCAGAUCUGUGUUAUAGAAGCCUAUCUGAAACUGACUUGGAACUCUGAGACAAAAAUCUUCUAUUUCACAUUACUACUCUGGAAGCUGUUGGGCAGGAAGAUAGGUGCAACAGAGCCAGGUCCUCUCAAAGGUAAACAUGAUAGAGACUAGUUUUCUGGAGUUGCAUUUUUAACAAGUCAAUAAUCUGAUUUAUCCAAAUAUGUUCAUAGUCUCUCCAGAAUUGUCUGUUCCCAGAGAUGGAAGAAAGAAAGCUAAAUUCCAGGAACUGUGAACUAAUUCCCAAAUUCCAGGAACUGUGAAGUAAUUUCCAACUUAUCUCACUAGUACUUGGUGCGAGUGAGGUAAUUUGAAAAUGAGAUGCUAAAGAUGACAGAAUAUGAAUCAGAGAGAGUCCAAGUAGGUGCACACAGCGAACCGCAAUUCAGGCCCUGGCACUACAAAUGAUCCCUUUUUAUGUAUGGCACAGCUAGGUGUGACCCCAAAACAAAAAAGAUGACAAAAUACUUCAGAGAGAUACUUAGUUCUACUACAGGAGAUAUGUUUCAUGAACAUUUUCUUACAUUCAAAUAUGGAGAAGUUUUCAGCUUGUUUAUUUUUAGGAGUCAAGACUUCGAUUUGUAACUUGAAUAUUAAAUUAUAAUCCAAAAUUACUGAGCUGUUUUUGUUACAUAAUCAUUGACACAAGAUAAUAGAAAAUAGAAUAUUUUUAGAAUAUGUUUCUGGAUAUUAUUCUUCCAGAGUUCUGUUUUAUUUUAUGUUUAAAAGUCAGACAUGCUCUUCCUGAGCUUGUUCUGCUGAAUGUGCUCUGCUUUGGGCAAAUCCUACAGAGGCGCCCUGAAGUCCAGGAUGCUGACACUGGAGCAAAGGGCUUCUCUUGUCCUCCCAGAGGAAAAGAUUAACAAUUAAGCACACAUAUUUCUUUGUCUCUUGUCUCUCACGCACUCACUCUCUCUCACACAGACAAAAAGUUUUGAAUAGCUAGCUACUAAUUGUGGAUAGAUCCCCUCUAAAUUUUUUUAUUUUGGGAAAAUAGUCUGGUUUGUUAGUUCAGAUGAAAAUAAAUUAUAGACCUGCAUUGUCCAAUUAGUAGCCGCUAGACACAGUUGCUAAUUUGCCUUUAAUUAAAAUUAAAUAUAGAAAUCCUACUUGGGAGGUGCCCUGUUACAUCGUUAGAGGCUUCCUACUCUUUUUCUUUGUUUUCCAUUAUCUUAAGUCUCUUCUGAAUUUGGCAAAAUGUAAAUGAAACAAAGGUAAAAUUAAAUACAGUUUAAAAUUUAGCCAUAUUUUAAUUGCUUAAAAUCACAUGGAGGGCAGUUUGCAUAUUUAACAGCACCUUCAUAGGACGUUUUCAUCGUUGCAGAAAUGCUUGACAGGGUUGUUAUAAUGAAUGCCGAAAGAAAAUGAAAGACAAGGGUAUUGUUUAUAAUAACUCUUUGUAAUUUUUACCACCAUAGAUAAAGCUGUUUUUCUUACUAAAAUUAUUAUCAGCCUUUUUCUAAGAGCUUGGGAAAACAAGACACUCUUUUUUGAAGUUUUCAAUAUUUUUUUAAAGAUUCUCAGCCUAUCAUUUUUCAAAUAAAACAAAUUACUUCGUAAAUCAUAACUUAGUAUCUUCAGUUUUUUCCCUUUCACAAAAAGCUCCUUUAAACUUGAUACUAUGUAGUUGUCGAACACCUAUCAAAUAGAAUGUGAUGAGUUUGUUUAUGAAUAAUAAUUAGCAAGGUUAUCAUAGUAGUAAUAAGCAAAUUUGCAAAAAUAGCAUAGCCUGUUUUAUUUUAUGUUUAAAAAUCAGACAUGCUCUUCCUGAGAUUUGAAUGCUCUUCCUGAAAACAGAUUUGAAAUGUUUUCAAAUCUAUAGAUCUAAUGAAAGUUGCCAUUUUAUUUGUUUCUGUCCCUUUAAUUUUUUCUCUGCAUAAAGUCACAUUUGAGGAUAGUACAAAACGUCAUGAGCUUGCCUUGUAAGCACCUCAGAUGUUCUCCCAAGCCCCGCUAGGAGUGACUCCAGAGUGCAGAACCAAGAGUAAGCCCUGAGCACCAACAGGUGUGGCCAAAAACCUGAGAGAGAGAAAAAUCCCAUUGAGUGGGGCAGGGCUAGGAUUCAAGCAAAUGGAACUGCUUGCGGCUCCUAGAGAAAUUGUACGUUUGAUUAUUUUCCACUUUAAAUCACGAAUCAACUCUUGGUUAUUGUCAGUUCCAGUACCUAAUAAAAAAUUAUGAGUCAGAUUUCCUAUGUUAAAAGUUAUUUUCAGGACUGGGGAGAUAACUCAAGGGGUCGGACCAGAUGUUCCCGCAUGAUUAGCCCAGGAACAACACCCCAUGACUCAGCACCCCAGGGUGUGGCAAAAAAAGAGGAAACUUUUCUCAUUAUUAGUUAAUAAAACUUUUUUUUUAAUAUUAACACAUUGACACCAGUGCUGCAAUUUGUGUAUCUUGUCAUCUGGUAACUUUGUUGGUCGGUGCAGAACUAAAGUGUAAUAGGAAAUUUUGGUUUUCUUUCAACAGAUACAAAUUAUAAUUUUUUAAAUUCUCAAUAAUCAAAUUAAUUUUCAACUAUAUGGCAGUUUAUUCUAGUUGAUAGUACAGCAUGUUCAAAGUGACAUCCAGGUGUGAGCCACUAGUGAUACGCACUGAUGUCAGUGUUGAAUAGACUUUGCUGGUUAGCAUAGUUGUAUAACUGAUGGUUCCUUGAAGAUUUUAGUGAGAAUAAGAACCGAGUCAUGGUUGUUUGAAUCAGCCUGGUACUUUGUUAAAAUUACCAUGUUGGAAAGUCAUGAUGCUUUUAUUAGCUUCUAAAUUAUUUCAAACAACAAAUUUUCUAGUAGUGUCAAGUUCCAAGCAAGGGCCAGAGCAAUAGUACAGCGGUAGUGCACUUGUCUUUUACGAGCCAACCCUGGGUGGGUCCCAGGCAUCCCAUGUACUUCCCUGAGCCCUACAAGGAGUGGCUCCUGAACACAGGGAUAGGAGGAAGUCCUGAGCACCACUGGUGUGACCAAAAAAAUAAUAAUAAUUCUAGGGAAACUGUAAUAAAAAUUCAUUUGAGUACAUGUACAUUAAUGGUGUGAUUUAGUUUCUUUUGUUAUUUUCUUGAUAUUCCAGUUUAAUGUACGUUUUACAGAUGUGUUAAGUGAAAUUUUCAAUGUGGCUGAAAUAAGAAAUUACAAUUUAAUAUAAAUACAGGGAAUGACUGUACACAUGCCAAUCAAUUAUUUGGAGCCUUUUAAUAUUAACAAUUGUCUUAUUUUUUAAUAGCCUUUGUUACUUAAAAUUAAGAUGCACUAAAAUAUCAUUGCUGUCACUAACUUGACUCUUUAUAGGUUGUAAGACUGAAUGCUUUGUACUUAGAAUAAUUUUCAGGUUUAUCUUAUUUUGCAAUUUUUAUGUUUUAAAAAUUGCCCCACCAUUUUAACACUCAUUUAUUAGGUUGUAUAAUCAGUGGUAGAAUCCAAACAUAUCUAAUAAUUUGCCUUAUUUUGAAUAAGUCCUAUCAAAGACUUGAGGGUAGAAAGAGAUUUUUGUUUUUCCUAGAGUAUUUUUUAAACUUUCCAAAUGAGCUGGAAAACACCUUAGUGCAUUGGAGUUGGAGUUUUCUUGGUUACAGUCCCAGCUCUGAAGCCUUAUAUUCAUGUCUUAAGUAUUAUUGAUCUGUGAAUUGUCAUUUUCGUAUUUGGUUAUAUAGUUAACCACCUUGCAAAAAAAGAUAUUGCUAGAUAUAUUCUUAUUUCUGGUUGACUGAAUUUACAGUUUUAUAAUAUUUCUCUUGUCAUUGGAAUCUAAAAAUCAAAUCCACAUAGGACUCUAAACAUCAUUUUACAAAUAGAAUUAAUGCAUUUACCAGCUUAUCAACCAUUUGCUAUGUGUUAGAUUGGUGUAUUUUUCUCAUUGUUUUUGUGGUAAAUUGGGCGGUACAGAGACUCAGCAAGAAAUUUUCAUUAAAAUCACAUACUUCAAGAAAUCACCAGAAGACAAAUUUUCAAUUGUUUUGAAAUCUUGUAUUUCCUUUUGAUAUACUAAUUCAUUUAAUCAAGACUUCCAGUUUGUUAUGGUAUUCUAUGUAUGUGUUUAUAUGUAUGCAUAUAAUAUAUGUAUAUGUAUAUGAAGAAUAAAGUUAAGAUUUGGUCAAGCUAUAUUUUCCCAUUCAAGUACAAAAAUGUUUUCAAGACUGCAAAAGUGUACAGUUGUUAAACAAGUUGUAAAUAAAGACUUGUAUAAAAAUUCAAUUUAGUUUUUUUUUCUCUGCUGUUAAACUAUAAUAAACAUGAAAUAAUUGUCUGGUA